AAAGAAGAAUAUAAAGGUGGGUGCGAAAGAGAUGAGUCCGCUAACGAAACCUUUAUAGAGAGGAGUGAGCUACUCCACUUGCUCUCUGGCGAAAAUGGAAAACAAGGGUAAGAGGGAGGUGGUGGUCUCAGCUUUGCAGUUCGCUUGCACCGACGACGUCGCCACCAACGUCGCCACCGCCGAAAGGUUGGUUAGAGCUGCUCAUUCAAAGGGUGCAAACAUCAUUCUUAUACAGGAGCUUUUUGAAGGAUAUUACUUCUGUCAAGCACAAAGGGAGGACUUCAUUCAGCGAGCAAAGCCUUACAGCAACCAUCCAACUAUUCUUAGGAUGCAGAAACUUGCAAAAGAGUUGGGUGUGGUAAUACCAGUUAGCUUUUUUGAAGAGGCGAACAAUGCCCACUACAAUUCAAUUGCCAUUAUUGAUGCAGAUGGUGCCGAUCUUGGACUUUAUAGAAAGUCCCACAUCCCAGAUGGACCAGGCUACCAGGAAAAGUUCUACUUCAAUCCAGGUGACACUGGAUUCAAGGUUUUCCAGACCAAGUUCGCAAAAAUAGGAGUUGCAAUUUGCUGGGAUCAAUGGUUUCCUGAGGCAGCCCGAGCUUUGGUUCUUCAAGGUGCAGAGAUUUUGUUUUAUCCUACUGCUAUUGGUUCUGAACCUCAAGAUGGAGGACUUGAUUCUAGGGAUCACUGGAGGCGAGUAAUGCAAGGGCAUGCUGGGGCGAAUUUGGUGCCUGUAGUAACAUCAAACCGCAUAGGAAAGGAGAUAAUUGAGACUGAGCAUGGAAAGAGUGAGAUCACAUUUUAUGGUAACUCUUUCAUAGCAGGACCUACUGGAGAAAUUGUUACAGCUGCUAAUGAUAAAGAUGAAGCGGUACUAGUGGCAGAAUUUGAUUUGGAUAAGAUCAAAUGCAAGAGGCAUAGCUGGGGAGUAUUCCGUGAUCGACGUCCAGAGUUAUACAAGGUGCUACUUUCGUUAGAUGGCAAGAACACCCCAUAGUGAUACUUCUCAUUUACCUUGUAUUACCAUGCAUGUUAUAGAUUUUAUAAUGGAAGUACUCAAAACACAUCACUUCAUGCACUAAGUUUAGGAAGUACUGCAGUGAUUACUGAGAGGAUCCUCAGUUGAAAUAUUGGCUCUGACGGCCAACCUAAACUAUGCCAAUCAUGAAUAAGAUUUGGGUUUAUUCUAGAGGAAGAAAAGUGCAGUAAUUGGGAAAUCAUGA